GCUGCACCCGCACCUUCUCAAUCGACGCCCACAACCAAAACAGAACCUAAUCUGCAGGCGUAAUACUUCUUAAUCAUCCGGUAAUACUCUCCUCCCAAACUGCACACCCAUUUUCCCGGGAAAACUAAAAUUUUUUUUCUCUCUCUCUCUCCCUUUCAAUUUUGCCUCAAAAAAAUAAAAAUAAAAAAACCACAUAAUUGUUCACUGGCCUCAUAUUUAUUUAUAUCCAAACAAACACAUACAACUUCAAGCCAACAACAACCAGGAACAUAGCCACUCUCUCGUCUCUUUCUCAUUCACUCUCACACUUUGCUGAUUUCUUCUCCGAUCAUUUUCGGGGGUAUUUCUUGAAGAAACAAGUCGCGAUCGAUCGAUGAGAAGAUAAUCACAACAUGUCGGUGACAUACUCGAGUAACUUCCCCGACCUUCUUUGCGGCGAGGAUUCCGGCAUCUUCUCCGGCGAGUCUUCACCGGAAUGUUCGUCAUCGGACCUUGAGUCUUCAGCUUCCAUUGAAGAGUCUAUCGCUUGGUGCAUAGUAGAUGAGAGAAAGUUUGUUCCUGGUUUUGAUUACUUGGCUCAGUUUGAAACUCACUCCCUCGAUGCCUCGGCUAGAGAACAGUCUGUUGCAUGGAUUCUCAAGGUGCAAGCAUACUAUAAUUUCCAGCCGUUAACGGCAUAUCUCUCCGUCAACUACAUGGAUCGGUUUCUGUGUUCUCACCGUUUGCCACAAAAUAAGGGGUGGCCACUGCAACUUCUAUCUGUGGCUUGUUUGUCAUUAGCUGCAAAGAUGGUGGAACCACUGGUUCCUUCUCUGUUGGAUCUUCAGGUUGAAGGAGCCAAAUAUAUAUUUGAAACAAAAACUAUCCGAAGAAUGGAGCUUCUGGUGCUCAGUGUUUUAGACUGGAGGCUACGGUCCGUCACACCGUUCAGCUUCAUUGGAUUUUUUGCAUGCAAACUCGAUCAAACAGGAGCUUUUAUGGGGUUCUUGAUUUCUCGGGCCACGGAAAUUAUUUUGUCCAAUAUCAAAGAGGCCAGCUUCUUAGAGUACUGGCCGUCAAGCAUUGCUGCUGCAGCGAUUCUCUGUGCAGCCAAUGAAAUUCCAAAAUUAUCCCUUGCUAAUCCUGAACAUGCUGAAUCUUGGUGUCAUGGACUAAGCAAAGAGGAAAUCAUCAGCUGCUACCAGUUGAUGCAACAGCUCGUGCUUAAUGAUAGCCGAAGAAAAGCACCAAAAGUUUUACCUCAGCUUCGCGUAACGAUUCGGGCCAGAAUGAGAUCCUCCAGUGACUCUUCAUCCUCAUCUCCAUCUCCAAUUUCUUAUAAAAGGAGAAAAAUAAAUGACUGCUUAUGGGUAGAUGAUGAUAAGGGAAACUCGGAGUAAGGUGAAGAGAAUAUAUAUUAAAAGAAAAAAAAGAAAGAAAGAAAAGAAAAUGGGGUCGGAGUUGUCGAGAAUCCUCGAUAUUUUUUGGAGGGUUUUGGAGUAAAUUAACAAGAGUGAUGUAGAUUAUUUAGUAUAUAUAGAUAUAUGUAUACGUUUGUAUGAGAGGUUUGGUGAGUUUUGAAGAUUGAUUUAUUAAUUUGUUUUCUUUCUAAAAGUUGGUGGGUUGCCAUCCACCAUUAAUGGCUUUGCUGAUUCCCAAGGCAAGGAGAUUAGUUACAUAAAUAUUAUUCUAAUAUAUUUAUGUGACAAAAGUUCAGGAAGAUUGAGAAAGAAGUUUUAGUAGUGGGAGUAAUGGAGUCUGAAAGAAAUGGCGAUUGAAUUCAAAGGCUUCAUUGAUGGAUGAAUGAAAGAAGGGGAGAUGGCGGGACCCUUUCGGGGGAAAUGAGAAAAAUAAGAGAAUGGAGGUUUUGAAUAAGUAUCGAGUUCAAGGCGCGCCACAUCGUUUUCUUCUGGAUUAUCCCUGCAACUUUUUGACAAAGCCAAAGCGAAGAUAUAACACGAUAAAAUUACCAGCAUGGGUACAGUGAUCUCCAAGUUAGUUAAUUUACAUAUGAGUGGUUUGUGUAUGUGUGUUUUUUUGGCGGGAAAAUGUCUGGCCUUUGACAUGACGUCAAUUGGCCUAACAUUAAUUUUACUAGUGUUCACACGUAUGAAUGGUCACACGUGUGUACUUUACUUUACUUUUCUUUGGAUUUUAUUCUUUUUUUUUUUUUUCUUUUUUUGUACAAAGGGGUGAAAUGAAAUUAACCUCUUUCAGGGCAGCAUAUCCGAAGGUCUAUGGGGCCUUUUCAGACAUGUUGUAUUGGAUUCACAAAUCUAAUAAAAUAAAUCAUCAUCAAUAUCUUUCUCUCA